CUCUAAUACAUCACUCGUUUCGCUGUUGCCUCUUGCCAUUGGCGAGAGCCACAAUCUGCAACCAUGAAGCCUUCUCCGGCGGCUUCCUACUUGUCGAUCUCUCUGUUAUCUCUGACGUCGUGCCACGCUCAGCUGCUCCAGAAGCGCGCUCUCGUUGCGCCGCCCUCGUUGGACAAUGGCUGGACAUAUCAGGGAUGCUACAUCGAUGUUGGACGUACAAUUGGCGAUGCGUCCAUCACUGAUGAUGCAAUGACCAACCAGGAAUGCGCUACUUAUUGUUUUGAGCAUGACUUCCCUUAUGCGGGAACGGAGUACUACACCCAAUGCUACUGCGGCUCCAGCCUGGCAACGGGAGGUGUAAAUACGACUGCGACGGACUGCAAUACUCCAUGCGGCGGCAACUCGACUGAGGCCUGCGGUGGCCCCAAUCGGCUUACUCUGUAUAAGACGGCUGAAAUCACUGGUCCCCAGGUCAACCCGGGCCCCCCCGGAUGGACGUCCAAGGGAUGCUAUUCCGAGGGCACCACUGGGCGAGCUUUGACGUUUGGCUAUGGCGACGUUGCCAAUAAUCUGAUGACCGUGGCCGUCUGUACAGCGGGAUGUAAGGCUGCUGGAUAUACAUUCGCUGGUGUCGAGUACGGCGGAGAGUGCUACUGCGGCAAGACAAUCUCCAAUGGAGCGCUGCCGGCAACGAGCGGCUGCACUAUGACCUGCAAUGGCAACAGCACCGAGUACUGUGGAGGACCUGGCCACCUGAACAUUUACAGCCUCGAUUCCGUCAGCUCCGGAACUGCUACCGGUACUGGUUCUGUGGCUCAGCCCAGCCAGACUGGUGUCUGUCCAGGCCAACCAGCUCUGGUGGGCAAGUACAACUGGUACGGCUGCUAUACCGAAGGAACAAACUCACGAGCUCUCUCCGCAAAGACGUAUGCGGAUGACGCCAUGACCUUGGAGAGCUGUGCAACCUUUUGCGCGGCAUACACAUACUUUGGUGUCGAGUACAGCCGAGAAUGCUAUUGCGGCAACUCCUUUGGCGCCGGCUCCAAGCUCACUACGGCAUCCGACUGCAGCAUGACUUGCAGUGGUCAGGACUGUGAAUUCUGUGGUGCCGGCAACCGAUUGUCCGUCUACUCGCUCAAUGCUCCGGGCACGGGCACCUCGUCUGGAGGCCCCCUCCCCCCCUCCACCACUUCAGCCACGACGCAGCCGACGGGACUCCCUCAAGGAUGGCAAGCCUAUGGAUGCUACGUCGACGGUGUUAACGGCCGCAUUCUUAACACGCAGCUCCCCGACAAUGAUGACCUGACCCUCGAGUCCUGUGUUCAGUCCUGUGCUUCUCAAGGAUUUACUAUUGCUGGCGCCGAGUACUCCAAGCAGUGCUUCUGCGGUAACAACAUCGUCAACGGCGGCGUCAAAGCUACUAACCAGGCCGACUGCAACACUCCUUGCUCCGGUGACGCAUCCGAAAACUGCGGCGGCGGCGGCAGAAUGAGCAUCAUUUCCAAGGGAGCACCGACAGUUGAGGCCCCUCCGGCCCCUGUCCAACACGUUGGCAACUGGACCUACCAGGGUUGCUACGAAGACAAUGUCAACCAGCAACGUACCUUCUUCUGGCAGAACAUCUUCGCCAACACCAUGACCCCUGAGCAGUGCCUUAACCAGUGUGCCGCGUUUGGCUACAUGGCUGGCGGCCUGGAGUAUGGCCAGGAGUGCUACUGCGGUGACCCAGCGAACAUCCAGACGGCUGGUGCUACUAAGAGGCCCGAGUCUGAGUGCGGCGUUCCCUGCCCGGGUAAUGGCAGCGCUAUCUGUGGUGGUGGUUCUCGCCUCAGCACCUAUUUCUGGACCGGAACGCCCUUCUAUUCUUGGAGCUUCCCGGAAGCUGGGACCGCGGCGGCUGGUUCUUAUGAGCAGCUCAUCGGUGGUGUCUGCAUUCCCCUGAUGACCACCCAGUCCAUCACCGGCAAGGUCACCUUCCUUGAGAAAUGGGGCACUGGUGAGCCCAACUCGACUGGUGCCUAUGAGCUCGACCUGUCCCUCGUCAACCAGUACCAGCUUGCAUGGCGAGAGAUGCACGUCAAGACGGACAUUUUCUGUGCCGGAGGCGUCACUCUUCCCGACAAGGCCGGCCGACAGCUUACUGUCGGAGGAUGGUCUGGUGAUUCCACUUAUGGUGUCCGCCUGUAUACUCCUGACGGCUCGGCUGGUGUCAACGGCACCAACGACUGGCAAGAGAACGUCGACAUCCUGAAGCUUCAGAACGGUCGCUGGUACCCCACUGCCAUGAACAUGGCCAAUGGCUCCGUGCUCGUCAUCGGUGGUGAGACUGGAUCCAACAGUGCUCCUGUCCCGACCCUCGAGAUUCUCCCCUUUACGGGUACCGCACCGCUCUACAUGGAGUGGCUUGAGCGUACCGACCCCAACAAUUUGUAUCCUUUCUGUACUGUCCUGCCCUCUGGUGGCAUCUUUGUUGCCUACUGGAACGAGGCCCGUAUCUUGGAUGAGAACACCUUUGCCACUAUCAAGACUCUGCCCAACAUUCCUGGUUCCGUCAAUGAUCCUCUUGGUGGACGAACUUACCCUCUUGAGGGAACCGCUGUCUUGCUGCCCAUGCACGCCCCCUUCACUGAGCCUCUCAACAUCCUCAUCUGCGGUGGUUCUACCGAGGGUGCCUCGAAUGCUAUAGAUAACUGUGUCAGCACUUAUCCCGAUGCUGCCAACCCGACCUGGGCUCUUGAGCGUAUGCCUUCCCAGCGAGUCAUGCCUUGCAUUGCUCCUCUUCCUGAUGGCACCUACAUUAUCAUGAACGGCGCUCACCACGGUGUUGCUGGAUUCGGUCUGGCUACUAGCCCCAACCUGAACGCCCUCCUCUACGACCCUCAGAAGCCCCUCGGCUCCCGUAUCACCGUUAUGGCGAACACUACCGUCGCUCGUCUGUACCACUCUGAGGCCAUUACCCUGCUGGAUGGCCGUGUGCUUGUUUCUGGCUCUGACCCGCAGGAUGACGUUAACCCUGAGGAGUACCGUGUUGAGACCUUCACCCCCCCUUACCUGAAGAGCGGCAAGCCUCGCCCAAGCUUCACCAUCACCAACAAGGACUGGGGCUACAACAAGCCCAUCACCGUCACCCUCGGUGCCGCUGCUCGAAAUGGCGCCAUCCAGGCUUCUCUGCUUGGUGCCGUCACCAGCACUCAUGGUAACUCCAUGGGAGCUCGCACUCUCUUCCCUGCCAUAUCAUGCCAAGGCACCGCUUGCACUAUCACGUCUCCCCCAUCCAAGUACAUUGCUCCUCCUGGCUGGUAUCAGCUCUACAUUCUGGAUGGCGGAAUCCCCGCCGUUGGUGUCUAUGUCCGCAUCGGCGGUGACCCGGCCCAGGUCGGUAACUGGCCUAAGGGCACUGGCUUCACAACUCCAGGUGUUUAAUUUCAAUUGUUGGAUUGUUUAAUGUUUCUUGUUUUGGAUAUGACGGAUGUUUUAAACUUUUUAAACUAUUCUUAUGUAGAAACUUGGUUGAAGGAACGUGGGAUUAGGCUUGCCUGGAAUUCAAAGGCAACCCAUGGGUAAUAGAAUUGGGAAGGGAGGAAAAGGGCACAGAGACAAAACAGAAAUAAUAUACCCUUAAGAACACGGUUUCGUUCAGACGGUAGCUAUGAGGGUGAUGGUGAGCUUGUCGGUAUAUGUCAUUUUUGAAUGUACGAAUGCAAAUUAUUUUUGUU